CAAUCCUUUGCGCAGUGACACAUUAAAAUUGCCAGUUUGUGUGUCUGCUGCUACCCCAGUGUGAAGUCUGCCUUGUUGCUUUUAACACUGAAAAUAAAGCACAUAAACCGUGUCGGCUACGUGUCAGCGUCAGGGGAACAGAAGAAGUGUCUGUCAGGUGAGGAGUCACAUGUGGACAUCAGCUGGACGGUGAUAAACACGAACUCCGUCACUGGCAAAGAUGGCUCAUCUCCCAACACUGUUCAACUAUGUGGAUGAACACCAGGAUCUGUAUGUGAAGCGUCUUGCAGACUGGGUGGAGGUCCAGAGUGUGUCUGCUUGGCCAGAGAAGCGUGGGGAGAUCAAGAAGAUGAUGGAGAUGGCCGGCAAGGACAUUGAGAGGCUCGGGGGAACAGUGGAGAUGGUGGACAUUGGAAAACAGAAGCUCCCCUCUGGAGAGGAGAUCCCCCUCCCCCCUAUCGUCCUCGGUCGUUUGGGGUCUGAUCCAGGCAAGAAGACCGUGUGUAUCUACGGCCACCUCGAUGUCCAGCCAGCCAGCAUCGAUGACGGCUGGGAUACAGAGCCUUUUACUCUGGUGGAGAAAGACGGCAAACUCUAUGGGAGAGGCUCCACUGAUGACAAAGGUCCAGUGCUGGCCUGGUUUAACUGCAUCGAAGCCUACCAGAAGAUUGGGCAGGAGCUUCCCAUCAACAUCAAGUUCUGCUUUGAGGGGAUGGAGGAGUCUGGAUCUGAGGGUCUAGAUGAGCUGGUGUUUUCCCGUAAAGACACCUUCCUAAAAGAUGUGGACUAUGUCUGCAUCUCCGAUAACUACUGGCUGGGCAAAACCAAACCCUGCAUCACCUAUGGCCUGAGAGGAAUCUGCUACUUCUUCUGUGAGGUGGAGUGUGGUGACAAAGACCUGCACUCAGGGGUGUUUGGCGGCUCUGUUUAUGAAGCCAUGACUGACCUGGUUGCACUUAUGGGCUCUCUGGUUGACAGAAAGGGAAAGAUCCAGGUCCCUGGUAUGUACAAUGAUGUGGCCCCUCUGACAGAGGCGGAGAAAAAGCUGUAUGAAAAAAUCGACUUUGACUUGGACGAAUACUGCAAAGAUGUUGGAGUUGGACAGUUGCUGCAUGACACAAAGGAGGAUAUCCUGAUGCACCGGUGGAGAUAUCCAUCUCUUUCCCUUCAUGGUAUAGAGGGAGCAUUCGCUGAAGCAGGAGCCAAAACUGUCAUCCCCCGCAAGGUCACUGGAAAGUUCUCCAUCCGCCUUGUCCCUGACAUGGACCCAAAAACUGUGGAGAAGCAGGUUGUCAGCCACCUGGAGAAGCAAUUUGCUGAACGUGGAAGUCCCAACAAACUGAAAGUGUACAUGGGCCACGGAGCCAAGGCCUGGGUGUCUGACUUUGACCACCCUCACUACAUGGCUGGUCGAAAGGCCAUGAAGACAGUCUUUGGUGUGGAGCCUGACCUGACCCGUGAGGGUGGAAGCAUCCCCGUUACCCUGACCUUCCAGGAGGCUACAGGACGCAACGUCAUGCUGCUCCCUGUGGGAUCCUCAGAUGAUGGAGCUCACUCCCAGAAUGAAAAGUUCAACAGAACCAACUACAUUCAAGGGAUCAAGAUGCUGGGUGCGUACUUCCAUGAGGUUUCCCUGCUGGAAUAAAAUGAUGCAUCAUUUUGAAUAUUGUAACAAAAUUCCAUCCUCACUAUCAGAGUCAUAACCUAUGUGGUAUUAUUUACCUUCAGGGUUAAUAGUUUUAUAUCACUGCCUCCUAAUAAUAAAAAUGCUUUCUUUGUUA